AUGUCGAAUCACUUCUGGCUUCUAAAUGAGGGUCUCUUUCUUUUAGAGCGGCUUGUUUUGAAUGUUUUUGAGCCCUCAAACUCAGGAAUAUUGAGGCGAUGGCAAACUUACGCUAUAAUUGGCUGGGUUGUUCCCUUCGUUUAUAUUUCCUCGUGCAUUUGGGUUUUAGCAAAAGAUAACGACGCAGCAUGCUGGGAUGACCUCUACGACGAUCAGUACACCUUCAAGAUGAUAAAUAUUCCAAUCAUCAUAUGCGUUGUGGUCAAUUUUCUCAUCUUUGCCCGGCUCAUGUGCUUGAUGGUGCCGUUGAAUAAUUAUGGAAAUCCAUCAUCAGCGCUUUUGAACAAUCACAUGAUGCGCUUGAUUCGCUCCAUUUUUAUGCUAAUUCCUCUCCUAGGCCUCCACUUUAUAGUUUUUCUUUUUAUCAAUCUCGGCGCUGUUCUGAGCAAGAAAGAUGGCAAGCUACCCGAAUCGCUCCAAACAGUCAACCUCUUCUUUGAUGUCAUCCUCACUUCCUUUGAAGGCCUGGCCGUAGCACUGCUUUACUGUUAUUUCAACACUGAGAUCUGGAAUGUCAGCCUCGAGAAGAAUGUCUACUGUGUUGUCAACGAAGAACAGUAUCUUACGAAAGCAGAGCACUCAAGAUUCGGAUACGAUCUCACAAAGCUUCGACAGAAGAAGAUCAACAGAUACUCGACGCUCAAUCUUUUCGGCAAGACCGUCAAUUGCUUAUGA